AUGGAUAUGCAUGCAAAAGAUAUUGAGAAUUCGAAUGAUGUCAAUACAAACGACGCCUCAGACCAAGCAGUGCUAUCUAAGGGCUUGCGAGAGAUUGUGGAUGCUGCCCGGGAGCGGCAGCGACUUGAGGCGAGCGACGCUGCCUCACUCCCAUUCCAAACUAUGAUCAAUAGGGACGACAGCACUAGUGGCGACCUUUGUGGGGACUGGCAGCACUUUCUGGAUCAAAGAGCUGCACGCCAGACGGAGCUGAUUGAACACGGAGGCCGAAACUUUCGAAACUGGAUCAAACAACGCGAGGAAAACCCGCCCAGGCGGAACACCAACAUAUUCACAUGGAGUAGGAUCGUUUCAUCUGGAGGGAAGGAGAUUUUCAUGCGGACACGCGUUGAAAAAAGACGACACGACAAUGUCUUCAACGAGUACACCCCCGCUCAAUGUCGAUACAAUGCUCUCGAGAAUGAAUGGGACCUGUUUGAGGAAUUUGCACUGGAAGUCAAGUCGAAGAAUGGUCAGGAUUAUGCGGGCUAUGAGCAUUCAGACAGUGAGGAUGAUGGCUUUGAUCCUUUUGAAGGCUACGAGCACCUUUAUGUUCUAAUUCACGAGUUCAUUUCAUGCCUCAUCGACAGCUCUUCGGGAUUGCCAGCACCCUCCGACGACCUCAACACAACAUCGGAUCAGCCUUUGGCAACAUCCUUUGCGCUCGACACUGUGGAACGCAUCAGUGAGGACCUAUACGUGUUCAAGCUACCUCCUUCCCCCUCUUGCAAAUGGGUCAUCGGUGUUGAUCGCCCCACGACUGUUCUUUACAUCUGUCGACUGGUUGCCUCCACUCCGAACACGCAUAUGGUGCUGACAAUCGCCUACCACCUACUUGAGCACCACAUACCCUUCCGCACCCUCCUUCUGCAGGCCUCCUCGGAGCCUGAACAGCUCAAUCUCCCAUACGCAGACAACGCCAACCGUUUUAACAAGCACCAAUUCACGACAGCAGACUUCAACAGUGCUAUGCUCGAGUGCCGCGCGCUGCUGGGCCGCCCGCAAGGGCAAGCUGCAAUACUUCGCGGUGGCAUUGUAGGGAGGAUUGCAAGGGAAUUUGGUAGUAAGGAGUCUGGGUUGCAAGGACCGUCCAUCGAGGUCACAGUGCAUCAUUUGGGGUACUUUGUCCCGUCUAAACAUGACGGGUAUUUCUACUGGGAUGACGACCUCACUGGUGAGGAGAUUGCAUGUUUGUGUGGGACAUACUGCCUCUAUACAGGGCGUGGCGAGCAGACAACAACGGUCUCGUGGUUCCCUCCUCCGGACGUUUGGGACAAGCAGGGUUAUGGCUGGCCAGGAUGGACAGAAACUAACGAGGAGUUUUUCCAGCAGUGGAUAGCAGACAUUCGCAAGGGCAAUGCCAAACCCCUGUCGCGUCAAAACUGGUGGCGCAAGGUUCAUAGCAUCAAGAACACGAGGUCGAUGCUUAAGAACAACAGGGAACGGGCAAAGGCAUACGUCGAGUUGAACAUUCAUGCUAUGUAG